UUGUGGCUUCUCCCAGCCAGGUUAUUCACACGUGCUGUGCCUCGUAUCUGGACCCGAACGGAAAGGAGGCGGCCUCGGUGAUUCCUCCCAUGGCGGCUGUGGAAGAGGAAGAUCCCUCGAAGCGAGAGCCGGUCGUGAGCGAGGAUGACGAUGAGGCCGACGGUGAAGGGGCGGCAAAGAAACACCGACAGCUUGUGGAUGCACUCAGCGCCUUAUCUGGAGGGAAACGGCGGCGAGCAGUUGAGCGUACUGAGGCGAGUGCUCAGAUCUCUGAAUUCGAUGUGGGUGGUGCAGGCGCUGAUGAGAAGGUGCUCCUCUCGGAGCUGCUGCAGCCCAUUUCCGCCUCGCCAGCUCUGCGCCCCCUGCGGAAACAGCUGAAGAAAGCCCAGCAGAAGAAGACCACCGAGCUCCCCCUAAGCAAGAAGGAGAGCGAGCGGGUGGUGAGGGAAGCUGCCUACACCCAGACAUCCCAAGCCCUGGCGAAGUGGGAUCCGGUGGUGCAGCAGAACCGGCGCGCUGAGCAGCUGAUCUUCCCGCUGCAGCAGGAGAGUGUGGCUGUCGCGCCCGUUGAGGAAGUGAUGAGCGCUUGGCAGGCACGGACACCGCUGGAGCAAGAGAUCUUCAAUCUCCUCCACAAAGCCCAUCAGCCAGUGAAGGAUCCACUUCUGACGCCCAAGGAGAAGGCCUCGCUGCAGGCCAUGAGCCUGGAGGAGGCUCAGCUGCGCCGGAUGGAGCUCCAGAGGUCUCGGGCCCUGCAGUCCUACUACGAGGCGAAGGCACGUCGGGAGCGGAAGAUCAAGAGCAAAAAGUUCCAUAAAAUGCUUCGGAAAGGCAAGAGCCGUAAAGUGCUUCAGGAGUUCGAGGCGCUGCGGAAAUCCAACCCGGAGGGAGCGCUGGAAGAGCUGGAGAAGAUUGAGAAAGCCCGCAUGGAGGAGAGGAUGACCCUGAAGCACCAGAACAAGGGCAGGUGGGCCAAAUCAACCAUCCUCAUGGCGAAGUACGACCUAGAGGCCAGGCAAGCCAUGCAAGAGCAGCUGGCCCAGAACAAAGAACUGACACGAAAAGCCCGCCCGGCGUCUGACAGCGAGGAGGGGGGCGAUGAUGGCUCCGAAGAAGGCGAGGGUCUCGUCCCAGAUGUCGUCAACGAAGGGCGGGCUGGGAUGGAUCCGGACAACCCCUGGAUGCUGGGAACGCCCCGGGCAGAGGCCGAGCAGGAGCCGCCCGCUCCGCCAGAAGGCAGCGGAGAAAGCGAGGGGGAGGAGGAACCCCUUCAGACAGAGGAAGAGGCUCUGUUGCAAGGCUUUUUUGAACGGCGGCAGGGCCUGCAACGCUUCCAGGGCGGCGCGGAGCUCCUAGGUCCCAGCGGAGAGGAGGCGCUGCCUGAUGUGCUUCCGCCGGCACCCCCGAGUCCAGCGCCCGAGGGGCCCCUCCUGAGCGAGAACUUGGAACGGCUCCGCACCUUGGAAGAUAUGGAGGCCCUGGAGCCCGAGGAUAUCCCGGAGGAAGGCAUGGUGCCAGCGGGCAAGGAUGCCGAAAUAAAGCAGCCCACGGAGGCUGAGCCGUCACCACAGGCCGGGGACAGCAAGCCACCGGCCUCCAAGAAGAAGGCCAAGCGCAAACUGCUGAUUGAUUUGAAGGCCGUCCUUGCCGACGCACCACAUGCCGUGCGGUGCCCGCUUGUGCCUGCUGCUGUAGAAGAGGAGCUGGAGACGGACACAGACCAGCGGCAGGUGAUCCGGGAGGCCUUUGCCAGCGACAACGUCGUCGCCGACUUCAUGAAAGAGAAGCGUCGAGCGGAAGAGGCCGGGAAACCGAAAGCGAUCGACCUGGUGCUGCCCGGAUGGGGCGAGUGGGGAGGCACAGGGCUGAAGCCGAGCAACAAGAAGAAGAGACGGUUCAUUAUCAAACCAGCCCCUGGGCCCCCGAGGAAAGACCGCCACCUGCCGAACGUUAUCCUGAGUGAACAACGCAAUGUUUUAGCUGCAGCUCACCAGGUGAGCCAGCUGCCGUUCCCCUUUGAGAACAGCCAACAGUUUGAGCGCAGCGUCCAGGCGCCCGUGGGCCCCACGUGGAACACCCAGCGUGCUUUCCAGCGGCUGACGGCCCCCCGGGUCAUCACCCAGCCCGGCCACAUCAUCCACCCCAUCAGUGCCGAGGACGCCGAACUGACCCGUCAAGGGGAUGGGGCGAAAGCCGUGGGGCAGAAGCCGGAUUUGGAACUGGCUCCGUCUCCCCACAAGCGUCACCCCCGCCGCACCUCCAAGAAGAAGGCCCGGUAGAACUGAGGCUGGGCUGGCUCUGCCGUCGCGGGCUUGACUCCUUAGCCCAGCUGCCCCUCAACCUGGUGCUGUCUAGAUGUUUGGGACAUCAACUCCCAUCAUCCCCAGCCAGCAUGGGCAAUGGUCAGGGAUGCUGGGAGAUGUAGUCCAACACAUCUGGCAGGCAACAGGUUCGAGGGAAGGCUGCCUUAGCCAGACUGGCAUCUUGUUGACGCUGCCCAGAACUGCUCUUCAGGCUCUGCAGCAGCCUUCUCUGACCUGGCACCCUCCAGAUAUGUUGGACUACAACUCCCUUCAUCCCCAGCUCUGCUGGGCCUUUUUCCUCCUGUGAUCUUGGCGUCUUUUCCUCCUCCUCACCCAGAAGCCUUUGGUUUCUGGCAGAUCUUCGGUCUCUUCCAAACAACCUCCUGGUAGAUCCUGAGACGGAAGUUGCUGUUCCUCCCAUUUGGGUGGGUGGGGGGGGGACAUUUCCCAGGAUGCAUUGUUGUCCCUAUAACCACAAAUACUGGGGGCCAUUGGGGAAUGUCUUCAAAUGAGGGCUUCCCUUCCAGGUUGCUUUGCCCCCCCCCUCCUUUUUGUUAAACCCUCCAACCCCAAUGACAGCAAGUAAAGAAU